UGUCUUUAAGAAGAUAAUUGUGUACACUCCAUGUGUGUUUGAUGGAGGGGAAGUGCAUCUUUAUUUGCAAGGAGUUUUCUUCUCGAGUGCGCAUUUGUUGUUUUAUUUAAGAAGAUAGGACCACAGGCUCUAUCAGACUGAGUCGCAACAAGCGGGAGUAAUGUGGCCGAGCCAAUCCUCGGCUGUUUGUGUUUACAACACUUCUUAACACUGUGCAUUCUCAAACAAGUCAACAUGGAAGAACAAGAUCUGAACGGGGUGUCGCCGUUCCCCGACUCCCCCCACACGAUGUCGAGCGACGCCCUCCCCGGGGGCCCGGGGGAGAAGAUGUACACGUCGAUACUGAGCGACCACCCCGGGGAGUUGGUGCGGACAGGGAGUCCUAAUUUCGUGUGUUCCGUGUUACCGUCGCACUGGCGAUCGAACAAGACCUUACCUGUGGCCUUUAAAGUUGUGGCUCUGGGAGACGUCAAGGAUGGAACCAAGGUGUGCGUGUCGGCUGGCAACGACGACAACUACUGCGCCGAGUUGAGGAACUUCACGGCCUACAUGAAAAACCAGGUGGCCAAAUUCAGUGAUUUACGUUUUGUUGGUCGCAGUGGUAGAGGUAAGAGUUUUGCCUUGACCAUCACCGUAAGCUGUAACCCACCGGAAGUAGCCGUCUAUCAGAAAGCCAUCAAGGUCACGGUCGAUGGACCGAGGGAACCUAGAAGUAAGACAAAACUGCACACGGAUGAUCACCGAAUCCACCACAGAAUCAGCCCACUAGACCUUCAGCUGGAGCGAACUCCACUACCCAACCAGAUGGCAGUUGAUCGACACCUCAGUCACAUGGCCGAGCUCGAGAGACUGAGACGUGCGUCGUCAGGGUCAGAGUCCAGAUCCAUUACAAGCAUGGAAGCAAAUGGGUUGAGAUCAUCAGACAUUCUAGCCAAACAGCUGGACAGAACUCCAGUUGGUUACUACGACACUGUACCAUACACCAAAGAGACUGCCUUGACCACACGUUCACCUCCAUUGAGCCAGCAUCAGGCCGUCAUAUCACAUAUAACAGGUCCUCCGCAUUCCAUUGUGGAAUGUCGGGAACGCGAUGCACGGGAGUCACGCCUGAUUGCAGUCAGCACCGAACACGCCAUCGUGACGCAGCACAGCAUUGUUUCACACGACAGACACUUGCCCAUCAUUCCAGAGGCCAAGAGGCCGGACUAUACGACGUUGGAGUCGCGACUGCCUCUCGAGCGCAGGAUUACGUUAGAAUCCAGAAUUCCACUCGUUUUACCUCAGUAUCCAAGUUCAACGGACGUCCGGAUCUCUGACCCCCGAAUUCCAGACCCGCGUUUUCCGGAGACCCGUUCGCUGUUCGUUCCACCACAGACAAUACCAUACACGGCGAGCAGCUCCAACCUGUCGAUCCUCGAGGAGAGUCGUGCCAUCUCUACACUGCCGGGAGCGCUGCCCGUGACGCACAGCAGCUACCCGCUGAUAUCACCUCACGAGUUCUUCACGUCCAUCAAUCCGCCGAUCACGGCCUCCUACCUGGCCGGGUCUCCAUCGCACGUCAUCUCGCCCACGUUCCUGUACCCUCACCUGUACAGUUCAGCGGCCCACGACCAGUACCAGACGCGCGUGUACCUGCCUUCUGGGGAGGUCAGGACCUACGAGGUGUUGGGGCCGCGGUGUACGGAUAUUCCGAUACGCGUGGAAAAGCCUGUCCCGUUACCAGUGCCGUCACGUUUGGCCCUGGAAAGUCAUUCGUCGUCAUCGUCAUCGUCGUCAAGACCAGCAAAGGAUGAGGAUGUCGUUACAAACAGUUCCCCAUCCCACGAGGUAGCGCGAGGUGACCCCAAUCGCAAGUCGUCUCCAAGGAGACAGGGGCACGAGGAACCUGCUACAGUGUGGCGGCCAUAUUGAAGUUCAAGUUAUGUUCAACUUUGUUUAAGGGUGCUGUGCAAUCUUUCACUGCCGGAUGUACUUAGAGUGAAAUGACCAAAAUAAGAGGACCUCGUCGGCUCUAGCAAUGUUUUCAUCGUGUGUUUAUUAUUCCAGAGAAAUGACUCUAGCUUUGCUCAAUGACCAAAGACCGUAAACCUUCUUUUUUUUCGAUGGACUCUUUCUAUUUCUUUUCCUGAGACUUCCAUACGAAAGUGCUUAAACUGUGACCAUAUCAAAUGUUACGUCCUGAUCCACACACACACACACACACACACACACACACACACACACACACACACGUUUGUGAUCAAAUUGUUAUUAUUGUAUAUAAUACAGAAUGUUUAUUCUUUCCUGUGAAAUAAUGAACUUCCCAAAACAACCCAAGGCAAGGGGGUUGGUAAACAUAUUUUAUUAUUAAUAUUAUUAUUAUUAUUAUUAUUGUUGUUGUGGCUGUUCACAAUGAAAAAAACUUUUGUCACCUUUUGUGAUGGUACUUUUUUGACAAAUAUGUCAUCAUCGAUGCUUUAUUUAUACACAUGUAAUACGGUAUACAACAAUCUAUUUUAUGCCUGUUUGUGAUAUUAUAUUUGUAUUAAUUUUUAAAAUGGUGUUUUGAAAGCGGAACAGUGCUAAGGACGUAUGUCCAACGUGAUUGCAUUUACGACUAUGUAUUUAGUUAUACUAAAGGGCCAGUGUUCAAAUACGGAUUGUGUGUAGAAUAGAAGUCACCCAUAUGCCUUUAACUGUUCAUGUUGUCACACUAGUUUGAUAAGGGGGUAAUUUUCGAUGUUUUACAUUUUGUGUUCAUAUCGUUAUGGAAAUAACGGUUUCAGUAUAUAGACAGAUAAAUAUAAUAUACUUUCGA